GAUUCCCAUCUGAAUCAUGAGCUUUCGAGUUCUCCUGUCGCCGUCCUCCCCCAAGUACGAGACUUUCUCCUUGUUACGUCGUUUGAGUUCCUCCACGGACUUACAACGAGUUUCGCCCAACCAUGAUGAGACGUACAACAGUCUCCUCGGAAUAUGUCUGGAGCAAUGCAAACUAUUAAAAACCCGCAAGGUGUUCGACGAAAUGCCUCAGAGAACUGUACACGCCUCGAGAAUCGGCAAAGCCGUACAUUCCCGGAGCUUGACGCUCGGAAUCGAUUCCAGAGGGAGAUUAAGCAACGCCGUCGUUGAUUUAUACGCCAAGUGUAAAGAAAUAGCUUACGCUGAGAAGGUUUUCGACUCGCUUGAGAAGGAUGUAACGGCGUGGAACUCGAUGCUAUCGAUGUAUUCAAGCAUUGGGCUACCUGGAAAAGUCUUGAGGAGUUUUGUAUCGUUGUUUAAGGGUUUGUUUUUUCCAAAUAAGUUCACUUUUUCGAUUGUUUUAUCGACCUGUGCUAGGGAGAGUAAUGUAGAGUUUGGUAGACAGAUACAUUGCUGUAUGGUGAAGACGGGUUUUGAAAGGAACUCUUAUUGUGGAGGGGCUUUGGUUGAUAUGUAUGCCAAGUGUGACUGUAUAGGUGCUGCUCGGCAAGUUUUCGAUGAAAUAUUGGAUCCCAAUACAGUUUGCUGGACAUGUUUGUUUUCUGGCUAUGUCAAAGCUGGUUUGCCAGAGGAAGCUGUUAUAGUUUUUGAGAAGAUGCGGGGUGAAGGACAUCGUCCUGACCAUCUAGCUUUCGUGACAGUUAUAAAUACUUACAUCAGUUUAGGGAAACUGAAGGAUGCACGUGUGUUGUUUGGGGAGAUGGCGAGCCCUGAUGUGGUAGCGUGGAAUGUAAUGAUAUCAGGGCAUGGUAAACGAGGGUGUGAGUCAGUGGCUGUUGAGUAUUUUCUCAAUAUGCGGAAGUUUGGUGUUAGAUCCACUCGUUCUACACUAGGAAGCGUUUUAAGCGCCAUUGGGAUUGUAGCGAAUCUUGAGUUAGGUUUGGUAGUUCAUGCAGAGGCUAUUAAACAAGGGCUUGCCUGUAAUAUAUAUGUUGGGAGUUCUUUGGUCAGCAUGUACUCGAAGUGUGAGAGAAUGGAGGAUGCUGCGAAAGUAUUUGAGGCUUUGGAGGAGAGAAACGACGUCUUGUGGAACGCGAUGAUCAGAGGUUAUGCACAUAACGGAGAAGCCCGCAAGGUUAUGGAACUGUUUAUGGAUAUGAGAUGCUCUGGUCAUAACGUUGAUGAUUUCACCUUUACAAGCUUGUUAAGCACUUGUGCUGCAUCACAUGAUCUUGACAUGGGGAGCCAGUUUCACUCGGUUAUCAUCAAGAAGAAAUUAGCGGAUAACUUAUUCGUUGGAAAUGCAUUGGUAGACAUGUAUGCAAAAUGCGGAGGUGUCGAAGAUGCAAGGAAGAUUUUUGAGCGCAUGUGGGAACGUGAUAAUGUAUCGUGGAACACGAUGAUUGGUGGUUAUGUCCAAGACGAGAACGAGAGUGAGGCUUUCAACUUGUUCAAGAGGAUGAAUUCUUGCGGUAUGGUGUCUGAUGGAUCAUGUUUAGCUAGCACGCUCAAGGCGUGUGCAAACGUUCGUGGUCUUUAUCAAGGCAAACAAGCUCACUGCCUCUCUGUCAAGUGUGGCUUAGAGACGGAUCUUCACGCUGGGAGCUCGCUCAUUGACAUGUAUGCCAAGUGUGGGGUCAUCGAAGACUCGCGUAAAGUUUUCUCCUCUAUGCCUGAGUGGAGCGUUGUGUCGAUGAAUGCUUUAAUUGCAGGCUAUUCUCAGAACAACUUGGAUGAAUCUGUGGUUCUCUUUCGAGAGAUGCUGAACAGAGGUGUUAACCCAUCUGAAAUCACUUUUGCCACCAUUGUUGAAGCUUGUGAUAAACCAGAAACGUUGAUCUUAGGAACACAGUUCCAUGGUCAAAUAGCAAAGAGAGGGGUCUCAUAUGAAGGUGAAUAUCUAGGGAUUUCUCUUUUGGGUUUAUACAUGAACUCAUGUAGAAUUGUGGAGGCGUGUGUUCUUUUCUCAGAGUUGCCAAGCCCUAAGAGUAUCGUUCUCUGGACGGGGAUGAUGUCAGGGCACAGUCAGAACGGUUUCUAUGAGGAAGCUUUGAAGUUCUACAAAGAAAUGCGUCAGGAUGGUGCUUUACCUGAUCAGGCAACAUUUGUCACUGUUCUUCGAGUGUGCUCUGUCUUAUCCUCUUUAAGAGAAGGUAGAGCUAUUCAUUCUCUUACCUUCCACUUGGCUCAUGACCUGGACGAGUUAACCUCUAACACCCUAAUAGACAUGUAUGCUAAAUGUGGGGACAUGAAAAGUUCAUCGCAAGUUUUUGAUGAAAUGAAGCGUAGAAGCAACGUUGUCUCAUGGAACUCCAUCAUCAAUGGAUAUGCUAAAAAUGGUUACGCUGAAGAUGCCCUUAAGAUAUUUGAUUCCAUGAGACAAUCUCAUAUCACGCCAGAUGAAAUCACGUUCCUAGGUGUUCUCACAGCUUGUAGCCAUGCAGGGAAAGUGUCAGAAGGGAGGAAGAUUUUUGUGAUGAUGAUUAGUCAAUAUGGUAUUGAAGCGCGUGUAGAUCAUGUAGCUUGUAUGGUUGAUCUUCUAGGAAGAUGGGGUUAUCUUGAAGAAGCCGUUGACUUUCUAGAAGCACAAAACCUGAAACCAGAUGCAAGAGUAUGGUCAUCGCUCCUUGGUGCAUGUAGUAUCCAUGGAGAUGACAUUAGAGGAGAAAUGGCUGCUGAGAAGCUCAUUGAACUUGAACCACAAAACUCGUCAGCUUUUGUUCUUCUUUCGAACAUAUAUGCCUCACAGGGACGUUGGGAGAAGGUCAAUGCUUUGAGGAAAGACAUGAAAGACAGAGGAGUCAGUAAGGUACCUGGAUGUAGUUGGAUUGAUGUGGGAGAGAGAAAACACGUUUUUGGUGCAGGAGACAAAUCUCAUUCUGAUAUUUGCAAAAUAGAGACGUUUCUUGAAGAUAUAUAUGAUGUGGUGAAAGAUGAUGCAAUCGUCAAUCAUGAUAUCAUGGAACAUGCUUCUCAUGUUUGUAUCUAAUAACAGGGAAACUACAAAGUUAAAGAUCAGCAGAUCAGCUCAUAGACAAAUUGUAUACAAAGGUGACCAUGUUUUAUGGCCUUUGAUGAUGACAUGAUGUGGACCAAGUUUUCAUCUAUAGCCAAGAGAAACAUAAGGCUUCAUUCUCUGUGUUCCUCGACUACUAUCAGGCAUUGCUGGAGAUCACACAAUCCAAGUGAAGUAGCAGAUGGAGUUUUACGGUUUGAUGUUUCAGCCAAAAACUGAAACACCAACCCGACCCGAAAUAAAGGUAUCAGAUCGGGUUCGAAUCCAGCUAAUAAUCCGAUCGUGUUUCAUAUUGAGAUACUUUGGAUAUAGCUUCGGUUCGGGUUUAUCCGAUAACCGAAACAUAACCCGAACAUAUAAUUGUAGUUAUGUAUAUGGUAUACAUACAUACUACUCAUGCAGUCAUGCUAAGUGUUACGAUUUUUUGAGUUUUGGAUUAUAAAUAUUAUAAUGUUAUAAACUUUCGAGUGUUGCUAUUUUUGAAUUUGAUAUAUAUUCUUUUAUUCAGUUUAAGUACUAAAUUUUCUA